AUGAACCCGACUAAUGAAUGGGUACACUUGAGGCAAAAUGAACCAGUAGCUAGGGUAGAAAAACUCAGUCAAUGUGACAUCAUGAACACUGAUGAUAAUUUAGAACAUAAACAUGAGAACGAAAUGAAUGUUCAAUGUGACAAAUCUGAUGCCGAGUAUAUUGAAAUAGCAAGGUCCACAGGCAUAGAUCUGACAAAUUCUGAUUUGACUGAGGAACAAAAGCACAAAUUGCUAGUUUUUCUAGGUAAAAACAGAGAUGUUUUUGUGACGUGCACUGCUGAACUAGGUCAUACUAAGUUAUUUCCUCAUACAAUUGAUACUGGGGAUGCCCCUCCUGUUAGGAAACGUCCAUAUAGAAUGACGCCUGAGCAGAAAAAGGAAAUUGAACGUCAAACUGAAGACAUGGAAAAGCAUGGCAAUAUAAGUCCUUCAUGCACUCCAUGGCAAAGUCCUAUUGUGUUGGUUAAGAAAAGUUCUGGGGAAUACAGAUUUGCGGUCGAUUACAGAGCUGUCAACAAGGUCACUAAACCAUUACACUUUCCUAUUACACAUUUUCAAGAUGUAAUAGAUGCUUUAGGUCAGAAGGAUGAACAGGGACGCGAGCAUGUACUUUCUUAUGGGGGUAGAUCUUUACGCCCAGCAGAGAAAAACUGGGGUAUAUCUGAUUUAGAAGGGUUAGCUCUAGUCGAAGAUACUGAAUGUCCAGACGUGAUGGAAUAUACACUUGAAUACACGGAACCAAAGGUAGUUGACAUUAACUCAGUAACAACUAAGUGUGAUAAGAACAGAUUGUCUGAAAUGAUAAAUGCUGUAGAUGCUUACAAUGAUAUAAAUCCAACCGAGUUCAUGAAAGAGAUCAGCAAUUUAACUGUGGAACAACUCCGGAUAGAUCAGAUGGCAGACGAGGAUUUUGUACCAUUGUUGGAAUACAAAAAAAAUGGGAAGGUACCGGAUGAUAGGGAAGCCGCUCGUAGGCUAGUGGCUGAGGCGUAG